CAUGGCGGCUAUGAUGGCGCGGGGCUGCGGCGGAGCGGGGCGCCGAGCGUGGCAGCGCUUCGCGGGGCGGCCAGGGCCCGGAUCCGGUCCUUUCCCCCACGGGCAGACGGCUGUCUCCUGUAGCGCGAGAGGCGAGGCGCUGCCGGCGCGGAAGAGCGGCCUUGCUCCAUGGAUACCAGUUGUGGGUCUGGAAAUUCAUGCACAGAUCAGUUCCAAUUCAAAACUUUUCUCUGGUUCCCAAGUUCAGUUUGCAGCACCUCCCAACUCUUUGGUAUCUUUCUUUGAUGCAUCUUUACCAGGAACUUUACCAGUUCUCAAUAGGAGAUGUGUAGAAGCAGCAGUGAUGACAGGCCUGGCUCUACACUGCCACAUAAACAAGAAGUCCUUGUUUGACAGAAAACACUACUUCUAUGCAGAUCUGCCUGCUGGCUAUCAAAUCACUCAGCAAAGAGUUCCUAUUGCAGUGAAUGGAAGUCUGUCAUACAGUCUCUGCAUAGGCAACAAGAUGAGCCAGAUGGUGACCAAAACUGUGAAGAUUAAACAAAUUCAGUUGGAGCAAGACAGUGGAAAAAGUCUCCAUGAUGACACAAGGAGCCAAACCCUUGUGGACUUGAAUAGGGCUGGAGUUGGUCUCAUGGAGCUUGUCAUGGAGCCUGAUAUGUGCUGUGGGGAAGAAGCAGCUGCAGCAGUCAGAGAGCUUCAGCUCAUUCUGCAAACACUUGGGAGCAGCCAGGCAGUCAUGGCAGAGGGUCAGCUGAGAGUGGAUGCCAAUGUUUCUGUGCAUCACCCUGGAGAACCUUAUGGAGUAAGGACUGAAGUGAAGAAUAUCAAUAGCAUACGAUUUCUGGCAAAAGCAGUAGACUAUGAAAUACAGAGGCAAAUUAAAGAACUUGGAAAUGGAGGGACAAUUUUGAAUGAAACAAGAGCCUUUGAUUCCAAGCUUGGGUGCACAGUACCAAUGAGAGACAAAGAAGGAAAACAGGAUUAUCGGUUUAUGCCAGAGCCAAACCUUCCCCCAUUGAUUCUGUAUGAUGCAAAAUCUUUGCCAGCUAAUAUGAACCAUCAGCAAGUGAUAAAUAUUGAUUGGAUUCAUGAGAGACUUCCUGACCUCCCCAGUGUGAAGAGAGAAAAGCUUGUUGAACAGUAUGGGAUUCUUCCUGAACACAGCUUCACCUUAUUGCAUGAAAAUGGACUAGCAGAAUUCUUUGAAAGUGUGGUAAAACAGACCCAAAUGAAGCCAAAGAAGGUGAUCGGCUGGAUUCUAAAUGACCUGCUCAGUUACUUGAAACAACAUUCCCUUACAGUAAAGGAAAGCCCAGUCAGUUCUUUUCUCCUGGCUGACCUCUUGAACCUGCUAGAAAAAAAAGAAAUUUCUUCUACAGCAGCAAAGCAGGUGCUUGCAGAAUUGUGGAAGGGAGAAGGGAAGACUCCCCUUGAAACUGUUAAAGAACAGAAACUUGAACUGUUACAAGAUCAAAAAGAACUUGAACAGAUCUGCCAGGCAGUGAUUGAUGGACAAGAAAAUGAGGUUAUGGCGAUAAAGGCAGGAAAUCGAAAAGUUCUAAAUAAGUUAAUUGGUCUGGUACAAAAGAAAACACAAGGACGGUCCAGUCCUGUUCUGGUGAAGCAGUUAUUAGAGAAGAAGCUAUCAGAGUAGCCACAAGAGAAAAAGCACACAAGCAACUGAAGAAACAUGUGGUUCGUUUUGUCUGCAAAUGAACUUCGGUGUCUCUUUGUGCAGCAUCCCGCUUGUUGGUUAUACUUCAAGCAGCUUGAAGUCCCACCCUUCCCUGGAUGCAUCAGCCAAAGGCAGAUGGGGCAGAGAAAAACAGGAAACAGCCAUUUGCAUCUCCCAUGCUUUGAUGUGGCACUUGAAAACAUGAUUUCCACACAGCUCUGGGAAACAAGCUCCCAGGUGUAUCUGUGAGACAUGAAUGCUGAGAGCUAAAACUGUGCAUGGGUUAGUUUUCUAAUAUAGUGGGUACAAACUCAGCUUUUCUGUCUGCCUGUUUGUGAGAAGGGAGAUUCACAAUCUCAAAUACUCAGUCUGGGCAUGCACACUGUAACUCACUGUCACUGUGAAUACAACAGUAACAAUGAUUAAAACACCCAGAAGAAAUUGAGGAGACCGUGUGUGUCUCAGUGCCUAACAAAACAGAAAAAAAAGUUCACUACUAUCAUUCUUCCUGGUUUCUGAGCAAAGGGGAAAGGAUGAAGCCAUGAGCUGCUUAACUGGGUGCCUAAGGGUAGUGCCAUAGACAGAAGUGCCAGCAUCUCACCCUGUCACAUUGCUUGCUUGCCUUCUCCCAUUUCUGCACCCACAUACCUGCUGUGCGUGCUCUCAGUUCUGUGGAGUGCCUGAGGGCUGUGUGACCCUUCUGAGGGUCAUACCGCAUUCUGGCCUCAGAACAGCAGAUGUGCUUCUGUCAGCCAUGUACAAUCUACAGCAGAAGUAGUUGGAGUAGAGAACAACUGGAGUUGGAAGGCACCCACAAGAGUCACUGGAGUCCAGCUCCUGGCCCUGCAUAGGACAUCCCCAGCUUGUUAUUUUUUUUCUCUGCAGGCAAGAACUUGGCCCCAUGUGACAAAUGCCCAAUGGCCAGGGCUGCUGUUUCUUUGGCACAUGGUUUUCUGGCACCAGGUUCCAGUGCACCUGGAACUGCACUGCUUUGGGGAAGGAAUGGAACAUGUAGUUGGCUUACUAAAACUGAGCUGGAUUCAGCUGGGGUUCAGUCCUUCUCCACUACUUAAUCCUAAGGGGUGUAUUGUGUUGGUAGUUUUUAUUUUGGGGUUUUUACAUUUUUUUGUUUUUCAGUUCUUGGCUUGCAGUACUCAUUCAAAUGCAGGGAUCUGGAAUAAACUUCCCCAUUCCGAUUAACUUUACCUGAUUGAGCCAUUAACAGGCAAUGCAACUAGCCAUGUAAUAGGGAGAUAAAUCCCAUUUAAUACCAGAUGCUUGAAGUUCUUCAAUCCAGUCCUAGAGACUGCUAAGCCAUAAGUUUAAAGAUCACACCUCAGGCCUCCUAGCUACUUCUUCAGAAUUAUUCUUUAGGAUGUGCCUGCAGGGUAGACAUUGUCACAGGAGUGUGGCAGGUGUGGCCCUGGGACUUCAGUCACCUUUGGCAAAUGUGGUCCUUGCAACCUUAGUUCAAAGCAGGCUGAUGGCAGUUCCUCCCCCUGAAUGGCAGCAGUGAUGUUAUAUCUUAAGGAGGACAUUGCUGUACAAACUGGCUGAGGUUCAAGUGCAAACUCCUUCAUCUGAAGGAAGAAAACCCUUUGGUUUUCAAUACAUUUAAUGAAUAAAAUAUAUACUCAUUAUUCACAAAAAAGUACCUUUACAAUUCAAUCAUACAGCUUACAAAAAGCAGUAGCGUGAUUGAAGUCAAAAACUGUGACCCUUCAGAAACCAAUCAACCAAACAAAAAGCCUAAACCUCCAAAAACUCCCCAAAUCACACCAUGCCCAGGAUUUUCAUGUAAUUUGACCUUCACACGAAGACUUCUACUAUCACUUUUCACAUCAGGAACAAAACCAAUUUUAUUUAAGAGGGGUGUGAGUUUUCAGGUAAGUGUUCAGUCAAUAAAGGUUUAGAUUAUACAAUGAACUAUUGGAAUUCUUUUCAACACUUGCCAUGGCAGCAAGAAACAAGACACACAAGGGUUUCUGCAUGAAAUCUUGAAUCUUAGAGAUAUUUCUCAGUUUAGAAAAAUACAGUCGUUUCCCAGAGGUGCUCCUUCCAUGUUAGUGUUUGUUGUGGCACAGCUGGAUGCUGCUGUGCUGAGUUCCUCACUGCUGCAGUGGGUGCCUUUUAAAGAGAAACCAAAACCAACAAUAAGUAAGGUGAUUCAAAAGAAGGAAGUAUCUCAACUAUUGUAGCAAGGCUACUCCUUCUUAGCCACUCUUCUAUAGAAUUAUACUUUGCUAAUACAGUGCAAAACCUGUUAAAAAUCAUUAGCCAGGUUCUCUCUGAGUAGAGUCUGUGUCAGUACAUCAUGCACCUGGGCCUGUGCAAAGCACUGGGCACUCUUCUGCAUGUUUAUGUCUAAACUGGACAGACAUGGGUUUGAUGUGUGGACCACUCAGGGGGUAAGAAAUUUGCUGGCUGGUUGCACUCAAAGAGCUGCAGUCAAUAUCUUGAUGUCCAGGUGGAGGCCAGUGAUGAGUGGGGUUGUCUGGGGGUUGUCACUGUGCCUGGCCCUGUUUCACAUCUUUGCUGGUAAUAUGGACAGUGGUAUUGAGUGCUUCCUCAUUAAUCAGAAAAUUCUCUGAUGACAAGCUGUGUGGCAUGGUUGACACACUGCAAGACAGUGACAGACCAUCCUGAGGGAUCUGGACAGG